GUGUGUGUGUUUGUGUUCAUGAAAACGUAUACGGCCUGGAUUCUUAACUCAAAAAGUUGUAUUCAAAAUCUACAAUAUACAUUAUACAUUUACAGCAUUCAAAUCCAUUUAUUGCAUUCAAUUGUUUCAUAUACAAUACUAAAAAAAAACAAGUGAGAAACCUCAAAAGCAAGUCUAUUUGAAUUUCUUUGUCGGUGUCCCGAGCCAACAAGAAAUCUAAAAACCGAAAAGGGACACCACUUUGUUAAAUUUGUAGUCUAUGUCGUUAGAGAAACUCUGAGACGAUUAUGGAUGAACGUCGUCAGAGAUUGAGGGCCUAUCGUCGGGCCCGACGUAAAUUUGCAUGCGUUGUCUAUUUGGUAUCAAUAGCCUGGAUGGUAUUGGCUCUGUUACAAUGGCUAGUUGUAUGUCUAGUUAAGGAUGUUCGCAAUGCCUUUGUGGAUUAUUACUGGAUAAGUGUGAUAUUUUUUGUUCUUGCCAUGGCACUGGUCACAUUUUUCAUAUUCUUCGAGAAGAUACGUUUCAUAACGGGCGUUAAUUGGCUUCUAUGUGUACUUAUAGUGGAAUUUGUGACCAUUGGCUUAUUCUCUUUUGUUGCUCACACUUUAUGGCCAGAUUUAAUUAUGUGGUUUGCCGUAUGCCUUUUACUUACAUUCCUAUUCAUAUUAUUUGGAUCUAUAAUACCUCACGAUUUAACUUUGGACGUAGUUAUAUUAUUUGUGCUGGCUUUUAUUUUCCUCAUUGUUACUGUGUUUUUCAUCAUGAUGCAUGUUGUGGUAGGCAUGCCAUAUGCCUUUAUUGCCUACCAGAUUUUUAUUACAGUUAUAGUCCUGCUGUUUGUAAUGUAUCAUGCCCAGACCAUCAAUGGUGGGCGAUUUGCUGAAAUGCGUCUCGAUGAUUACCUUUUGGCUUCACUAAUACUCUUCCAUGAUUUUGUUGUUAUCUUUAUGCUAACUUUCUAUGCUCAAAUUACCUAUAAAUUAGCCUCAGAAGGAAUGUCAACGACCACAGUUAUGCCUAAAGUAACGGUGCCACAAGUAACAACUCCUGGUGUUACCAAUAUCCCAGAUAUCCCAACAACAACCAUCGCAACCACCACCACCACCACAUUAAAACCAGCAGCUUAGUUCGUCUUUUAAUUUAAUUGCCAAAGGAAGCCACAGAGGGACAGGGAGAGAGAGAGAGAGAGAGAUACACACACAGGGAGAGGGAGAAAGAUGUUUCAAAAUUUAAAUGUUAUUUUAAUAAAUUCAAAAUGAGAUCGCAAUGCAAAAUAAAGUAUUUAUAUUCAAAGCCUA